AUGAGCGAGAAAUAUUUGUUUUCGCGAUUAAGUAACCAGAGCUAUCCCGUCCGGAAGAAGCGCAUGGCGAUGCUUCUCAAGCGCGAAGAUUUAUGGUCGGUCGUGUCGGAACCAAAGCCGGAACCGGCAACGGACGGGUGGCUGAAACGUGACCAGAAGGCGCUAGCUACUAUCGUUCUGUACGUCGAAGAUUGUCAGCUGAAUUUAGUGCGGGAUGCAGUUACAGCGACGGAGGUGUGGAAAGUGCUCCAGGAUUUCCACGAGAAAGUGACGGUGACGUCGCGGGUGGCACUGCUGAGGCGGAUUUGCAGUCUCAACAUGGCUGAGGGAGGAGACAUCGAGAAACAUCUCAAGAUUGCGAUGAUCUAUCGCAGUCUCCCUGAAUCGUACGGAGGUCUGAUAACGGCAUUGGAAAGCAGACCCGAUGCUGACCAGACGCUGCAGCUGAUCAAACAGAAGCUUCUCGACGAGCACCAGCGAUGCGAAGAACGAUCAGAGGACGUUUCGGAGAAAGCCAUGAAGACACCGAACACAAAGUGA